GUGCACGCGGGAGGGACUCAGGUAAGCGAAACAGGUAACAUCAAAAGUUUGCAGACAGCAGAACAAUUUCACCUGAGUGGAGUCACGAGCGCGACAGAGGACUGAUUGCAGUGCUGGUUGUUUUAGUGAGCAAAAGGCUACACUACAGUGGAAGAUUAAUUUCCUCGGCUGACGGAAUGUUAGGGAAAGAGAUUUUGAGAACAAUUUUACAUUUUUGACAAAGGACACUGGAUAUUUCUAUAUUUUUCACUCUGAGAGGAAAGGUGAAAGAAAACUCUACAACUCGACCUUCUCUGACAUUUUCUCUGCGUUGUUCACGAUGGGAGGCCACUGGAUUUCUUUGCACUUUUUAACUUUUGUAACAAUUACUUCUCUCUUGGGCUCUGGGGCUAAGGGAGAGAUACCACCAAGACCUAUAAACACCGCUGGUCCCCCCAUUACUCAAAACAAUGGACCCCAAUCUUUCCCUGAAGCGGCAAAAACAAAUUUACCUCUGUUCACUGUAGAUUAUUCUCGUAUACAGAUACCCUUCGAAAUUACUUUGUGGGUGCUGCUGGCGUCUUUUGCUAAAAUAGGUUUCCACGUUUACAAUAAGAUCACCAUCUGGGUGCCAGAAUCCUGCCUGCUGAUCGCUGUGGGCCUCAUUGUUGGGUCCAUCAUGCACGCUGUGCACGAGGAACCUCCAGCCGUGCUCUCCAGCAACGUCUUCUUCCUCUACAUGCUGCCCCCCAUCGUGCUGGACUCGGGCUACUUCAUGCCCACUCGCGCCUUCUUUGAGAACAUUGGCACAGUGCUGUGGUUUGCCGUCGUGGGGACUCUGUGGAACUCCAUCGGCAUUGGUAUCUCGCUCUUCACCAUCUGCCAGAUCGAGGCCUUUGGCGUACAGGACAUCAACCUGCAGGAGAACCUUCUCUUUGCCGCCAUCAUCUCGGCUGUGGACCCAGUGGCUGUGCUCACCGUGUUUGAGGAUGUCAACGUGAACGAGCAGCUCUACAUUGUGGUGUUUGGUGAAUGCCUGUUCAAUGAUGCUGUCACUGUGGUGCUGUAUAACCUCUUCAACCAUGUGGCUGAGCUGCCAGUGGUGGAUGCCCCUGAUGUGUUUCUGGGCGUGGCCCGGUUCUUUGUGGUGGGCUUGGGUGGCGUGCUGUUCGGGUUCCUGUUUGGCGUGGUGGCAUCCUUCACCACGCGCUUCACAGGGAAGGUGGGCGAGAUUGAGCCCCUCUUCAUCUUCAUGUAUAGUUACUUGGCCUACCUGGUAGCUGAGUUGUUUGCCAUCUCCAGCAUCAUGGCUAUAGUGACCUGUGCUCUGACUAUGAAAUACUACGUGGAGGAAAAUGUAUCCCAGCGUUCCUGCACCACAAUUCGCCAUGUUAUCAAGAUGAUGGGCAGUGUGUCCGAGACUUUGAUCUUCUUCUUCUUGGGUGUGGUCACCAUAACAACGGAACAUGAAUGGAACUGGGGCUACAUCUCAUUCACCCUCCUCUUUGCUGUUGUCUGGCGAGGCCUAGGCGUGCUGGUCUUGACUCAGAUUAUUAACCCUUUCCGCACCAUCCCCUUCAACCUAAAAGACCAGUUUGGUCUGGCCUACGGUGGCCUGAGAGGAGCAAUUUCCUUUGCCUUGGUUUUCACCCUUCCAGAAAACAUUGGCCGCAAGAAACUUUUCAUCACAGCCACUAUUGUCAUCAUCAUCUUCACAGUUUUCAUCCAGGGGAUCAGCAUACGGCCUCUGAUUGAGCUGAUGAACGUCCGUAAAACCAACCGCAACCUGGACACCAUUAAUGUGGAAGUCCAUUCAAGGACAAUGGAGCACACCAUUGCCGGCAUAGAGGACCUUUGCGGACAGUGGAGUCACCACUACUGGAAAGACAAGUUCAUUAAAUUUAAUAACAGCUUUAUCCGAAAGAUCCUGAUCCGGGAUAGCAGAGCCGAGUCCAGUAUUGUGGCACUGUAUAAGAAGCUGGAGCUUCAGAAUGCCAUGGAAAUCCUGGAUUCAGUAUCUGCCGACAUCAGCGAUACACCAUUAGAUGAAUUGCUGCCUGACAAGAAGCCUAGCAGUAACCCUAAAAAGAAGUUCCAUGCUACCGAUCUUCGAAACAUGCAUGACAUUCUCUCCAAGAACAUGUACAAAAUCAGACAGAGGACUGUUGCAUAUACCAGCAAAUAUGCCAUGCCCAAUGACACGAGAUCUAAGGAGAUCUUAAUCAGGCGGCAUGCCAGCAUUCGGCGAAGCAUUCGACCUGGGAGCUUCCAAAACCCGGAUGUGGCGAGAUCACACAAGUACCUUUCCCUUCCAGCUGGGCAGAAUCUAGACUCUCAAUUCCCUCCAAAGAGAAUGAGUCAUGUUGGUGAUAGUGAUACUAUGUCAGAGAUGGGCUACCCUGCAGUAAGGGCCAGGUUCGGCCGUGCUCAGCGGCCCUCGUCCAGCAGCGGGAUGCCUCUGCAAAUGCUUGACACCGUGAGGGAAGCCCCUUCGUCUGUCAGCCUGGUGGAUGAGCAGCAACCACUCAGAGACAGCCACAGCCACAGCCACAGAGCGCCCCACCUAGCAGGCUCCCGGGCGCCCAUCCCCCGUCAGCGGAACGGCUCUUCUGGUGACAACGGCGACACGGCCAGAGGGCCCAGAGAAGAGGAGGAGGAGGCGGCGGGGGAGGAGGAGGAGGAGCAGCAGCAGCAGCAGCCACUGUCUCCUCCCCACAGCUGGGCCCCUGCGCGUCAGGGUGAGGGGAGAGCACAGGCUCCUCUGCUCAGGCCUCAGUGGAAGCCACGGCCGCAGCCGAGGCCCUGAGAGAGCACAGGGUCUGGGACUAGCAGCAGGACUGCUUGAACAAAAGUGUCAUGGUAACAUCCAUUAUGUGAAAUGGGCUGCUUAUUGUUACCGGCUUCCCAAAAGAGGCUUUCAUCAGUCGCGCUAUUUAUAUGUUUUCACACCAAACGGAACAGUAGCUCAACAUACCUCAGUGCCGUCCUCUUUUGUAUGUUAUUACUUUCACAUCACUUCCUGUUUUAGUCAUUCUCUUUUUAAUGCUUUUUACAACAAUCUUGUUUUACAAAUUUGACUUUUUAUGGUAGAACAUUCACUUUGACUGAAGCGCUCAGCAUACACACAUGUUGUGAUGUUGUAUAUAAUUUAAAGAUGGAUUUGAUAAUCCGUUUAGUACAGGUAGACCUGAUGUUCCAGACGUCUGUGUAGAAACAGAACAGCCUCUGCUUUGUGUUUAGGACAGGUCAUUUGUGUUGAUGAAUGUGUGGAUUCAGUAUUUUAAUGUGAUAUAAUAAAAUGUAAAUAAUACAGAGCUUUAAAUCUCUGCAACAGUAUGUGUUUAUUGGCCACUCAAGUUUGAUCUUCAAAGAU